CGGCUAGCUCAAUCGGUAGAGCGUGAGACUCUUAGUCUUUCACGGUCUAACAGACACGAUUACUCAGUACAUCUCAAGGUUGUGGGUUCGACCCCCACGUCGGGCUUGUACGUUAUUUUUUGCUCUUUCAUCAUCCAUCCUACUCGUUGUUUCAUUUUGGUACUU